AACGGGCAUCUGCUGUCGUCGUUGCUGCCAAGCUCGAUCGAUCAAAGUAUUUAAGGUCUUGGAUGCUCUGAAUCUCUGAUCGAUCAUUUCCAUUUUUCAAUCACGGUACAGGCAAGGAAAACACGCAGCAUAUACAUACAUAUCUGCUUUCUCGUUCUUCCCCGGCCCUCACAGGAAGCAUGGCGUCGACGGCGGCGGCGGAUCAGGGGGGCACGACACGGGUGGGCGACCUCCCGCAGGCCUGCCUGGCGCAUGCGAUCGCGCUCACCACCCCGCGGGACGCCUGCCGCUGCGCCGCCGUCUCCCCCACCUUCCGCGCCGCCGCCGACUCCGGCCACGUCUGGCGGCGAUUCCUCCCCGAGGACCUAGGCCUACAGAGCCUAUCCAAGACCACCAGCACCAGCAAGGAGGCCUACCUCCGCCUCUGCGACGGCUCCAACGCCGUGCCGAUCAACGGCGACGGCGGCUGCAGGGUGUGGCUGGAGAGGGCGAGUGGCGCCAAGUGCUACGCGCUGUCGGCGAGGAGGCUCAGCCUGCCGUGGGAUGACGGCGAGUUCAGCUGGAGGUGGACGCCUCACUCACUCUCCAGGUUCUCGGAGGUGGCCGAGCUGGUGACAUGCACGAGCCUGGACAUCUACGGCCGGCUCCCGGCCGCCGCCGCGCUCACGCCGUCGACGCCCUAUGCGGCGUACCUGGUGUACGACACCGCGGAGGGCCACCGCGGCCUGAGCUACCCAGACCAGGAGACUGCGGUGGCCGUGAGCGGCCGCGUCGUGGCGCGCCAUGCCGUGUGCCUACGCCCCGACGACGCCGAGUCGUGCAAGUUCAGGGGCGGCACCGUAGGAGGGGGCGAGGGGACGAGGCGGCCGGAGCAGCGGAAGGACGGGUGGUGGGAGAUGGAGAUAGGGCGGCUGUACACCAGCGCGGCCAGGGACGGCGAGCAGGAGGUGGUGGCCAGCUUCGAGGUGCUGGGGUGGUACCCUAAGCGCGGGCUCAUCAUCGAGGGCAUCGAGUUUAGGCCCGUCUACACUUCUAAUAAGAAUUCUUAAUGUAUGAACGGUCGAUUCAAGACACGCAGAUACAUUGUGGGUGAGCUUUUUCAUAUUUCAAUGUGGUGUAGCGGUAGCGUUGUAAUAAUGAACGACCUCGUGCAUCUUACUAUGCAGAGGUUAAUAGAAUAAUCUUACUCCACCAUCUAAAAAAACUUGAAGAUAUGUACUCAUGUCUGGUGGUUUGUAUUUUA